UGUCAUAAAUGUUAAAUAUGACCUUGAGUCAUAAUUCUAACCUAUGAGAAAGGAAGUCAAAUGUCAAUUACUAAGUCAUAAUUAUGAUAAAGUAUUAUUACAAGACAUUAAUGAUUAAGUGAGGCAUAACCUAAAUAUGACACCUUUUGUAAUAAUUGAGAAAAUAUGUCAUAAUUUUUUUAAUAAUGUAUGUCCUAAUUAGAAAUAUGUCAUAAUUAUUAUAAUUACGAGAUAUUUUAUAUUUAUGGGACCAUAUGCCAGAGAAGGUAGCAUUUAACAAUUAUGUGCCAUUGGGUUUUAUUUAUUUAUUUUUAUUUAUUUUGGGGGGGACAAAAAAGGGCCCUCCAUAAUUUAAAGAAAUAAAAAAAUAUAUCACACAUUUUAAAAAACUUCUUGUUUCUAUGAGGUCAAAUAGUUCAGGAAUAGCUAAAAAAAGUUCACAAAAGCCCUACAAAAAAUGCUCGGGUCACACCAAGUGUUGUUUUUGUCAAAACCCCUAAAAGACGUUUUUUUUUUUUUCUUUUGCUGUCCAAGAGCUGAUUAAGCUGAUAGUUUUCAGGAAGCCCCCACAAGAUGGAGCCAUCAGUUAAAUGUAGUCCAACAAGUUUCACACCUUUUCAUCUCAUGUGAGCACAGACUUGGUUCACAUGAAAAAUUAACCAUAAGUUACAAAAAUGAAGGUUUCCCUUCCUUAUAAUUUAUCAGAUGCUUACGUGAGAAGAGUCUGUGAAACUAAAGCUGAGGUAGGAAGACGAUUAAAUCAUCAUACAGCAGUCUCUGACUUCAUUUGCACAUUCAUAUAGAGAACAAGAUAAAAAAGUGGGUUUGAUUUCUGUAAUUCCAUAGUUGGAUAUCAGCAGUUAUGUACUUGUCGGUUCACAGCAAGAACAUUUCUUUGUCAUCAUUUUCAUCCUCUGAUAGAACCAAAACCAAGCUGUUGCAGCUCGUGAUUCUUUGUGGGACUGAUGCCUCGAAAGAUUUCCUUUCCUAGUCUGUAAUCGCUUCCCAUGUGUGCCUUUCUAGCAAAUAUUCAAAAGUAAUUGAAGUCAAUAUUGUCUAAAUUUGUCCAUCAUCAUCAUCAUCAUCAGCCUUUAUUUAUAAAGCACUUUUCUUCCGCCGCAGGCGAACACAAAGUGCUGUACACAUAAACAUCAAAACAGGACCCAAGGAAUGACCAGCCAUAAAAACAUACAUAGCCAUAAAAAAAAACGAGAGAUAAAAUCAAAGAUGUUGAUUAAAACCAGAUAAAGUAAAUAUAUAACUGGAUAAUCAUUUAUGAAAUUAAUUAGAAAUAUCCAAAAGCUAAAACUAACUCAUGUGCCACUGAAUAAGAGUCUUCAACUGGCUCUUAAAAACUGACAGUGAAGGUGAUUUUCUGACCACGAGAUAGUGCCCACUCCAGUUGCUUUGUUUCAGUCACCUGAUCUGGUGUUGUGUUUGUACCUGAACUGAUCCGCUCUGGCCAGUACCUAAACUGACUUGUAUAUAGCAACAUCUCUAAUUAUUGCCUCCCUAUAUUUUAUUAUUUAAUUGUGUUCAUUUCUAAAUUCAAAUUUUUGCUUAUUUUUUCUUUCUUGCACCAAGUACCACAGCAAUUUCCUAAUGUUAUGAUUCUCGCAGAUAUGGCAAAAACCCGUUCAGAUUCUGACGAGAGGCCUAAAUCACGCACACUCAGCUACUUCCAGUCCAUGGGACCGAUAAUGUCAAAGAAAUCUGUGAGCCGAUAAAAGUUAUUUUCUAAUAUCAUUUGAUAUGUACCGUGGAUUUACCGUAUGAUGUCCGUGAAUUUUAAAGACACAUUUUGAUACCAAGAAAGCGCUUAUUUUCAAAUGCCAGCAGAAGUUAUUUCAAGUUUUGUGUAAAAAGACAUAACGCUAAAUUUACAUCGUCAAACCAGACACGGAGAAGUUUGGUGAGCUUCAAGUCCUUCUUCCAGGACAACAGGAGGAGCAUUAAACAUGGAGAAGACCACUAUUAACCUGGCCAUGUAAGUAGCAGCUAUGCUGGAGGAGAAGAGAGUCUGUGGUGACAUCAUAUAUGCUACUACACAUCUGAUUUACAAGAAGUUUAGUUAUGAUUUUUUUUUACAAGCUAAUAAAUCUCAUAUGAUAGAAAUAUUCGAAGAUCCGUUAUUUGAUUCAGGGUGUAAGGCAAAGCAGAUAAUAAAAUAGCCCUGUUCACUUAUUCGUUUAUUUUGUUCAGGGGACCCAUGAGCUGACUCAAAGGGGAGGAGAAUGGCUUUGGAUCUACACCUUGCUCUAGCGUAGGGGGUCACCGUGAAGCCGAGAGCUUCUUCGUGGGUACUGAGCCACACGAUGGGUACCAGGUUGAUGCAAUAGUGACCUUUGAACAAGAAUAGAUCAGAGUUAAACUAAGCUUCAUGUAUAAUUAACAUUUUUUAUGUUUUUAAAUAAAUGUAUAUUAUUGCAUUUGUAAUAAAAAAAAUAUGGCAGCUGAUUUUAUUUGGUAACGCUUCCAUUUACUGUCCCUUAAUUACUAAGUACUUACAUGGUAAUUACAUAGUAAGUUAAAGUGUAAUAUUGUUUCUGACUUCUUAAACAGUUAUUACCAUGUAACUCAAGUUCAAUUCUAGUUUUUAUUUUUAUUAAUCAUUCCCAGUACAUACUGCUUUACACAAUAAUUACACUUUAUGACAAUUAUACACUUUAAUUACACAAUAAUAUACUUUAACUUACUAUAUAAUUACAAUGUAUCUACUUAGUAAUUAGGGGACUGUAAAAGGAAGUGUUACAUUGUUAAUUUUUUUUUAGACUUGUGCCAUUUGGAGAAAUGGCCAGUGGGAACCAGGUUGGUGACCCCCUGCUCUAGUGGGAUUCCUUUCAGGUUACACAGUUCCUAGUCAGUUUAGAAAAUUUAUUAAUUUGUAUCUGGUAUUUAUCUAGCUAAAUAAGUAAGUAAAAGGAAACUAGAGUAUGAAAAAUAAUAGCUGUAAAUCAAGAUUUAUUCCCUGAUAGAUUGUCUAAAUCAUCCGUUCAUGCACCUGUCUGUCUAUUAAUGCAGACCUCCAAGCUAAAAUGUUAACUUUUGUAUCUUUUUAAUGCUUCAUACUGACUACUUGGCUAACUUGAGGUUGGAGAAGUGUGGGAGUUUUGACAUAAAAAAUGUGUUAAAGGUAAAAUAGGUUAUGGGUAGUAAUUGUUUAAAGAAAGAACUCACGGAGCGAGGAUUUUAAAUCUAGCUUUAAUACGAACUUUGUUUCCACUCUCAGAACAAAUCAGCUACAGCUUUGUGAAACAUUUAGUUGAAUGAUUUAGACUCUUUGUAUCUGCUGAACCACAAUCCUGACCCUGCUGCUAAAUGUAGGUGGCUGUUGCUACAAAAAGCCUCGAUUAGGAACAGAAAGACCAGAUGCUGAAAUUCCCUGCAUCAGCCUUCUGUUGGAUACGCUUUCCGAACUGGACAAGUUGGAACAACGGCUGACUGACCAGACAAACUCUGGUGCCAAGCAAAACAACCAUCUUGGCUCACAACAGGGAAGGCUGUUGUUGGUUUAGCGUCCAGGAGAGAGCUUAACAUGUCUUGAAUAUUCAAAGCUAACUGUUAGCAUUAGCAACUCCACCACAGAGCAGAACUCCUUCAGGCUGUGUUAUUUGUGGAGAUAAACAUCAGCGUUGCAGAGCAAACCGAGUAAGCGGUAGAGUUGUGGUGCUGUUAUUCAAUCAGUAAGAUGUCAGGAAAUAAGACUCCAAAUCCUGUCAUAUUCUGCUCCCCUCUGCUUUAGCUAACUUACGCCUCCUGAAACAAGUGCCAGAGCUGUUUUCCAACAGAGACAGACUCACAAGUCAUUCAUUUAUAUGAAGACCAUUGCAAAUGUGUUGGAAAAAAAACCUAGUGAAAUUGGUCUUUAACAAAGACAUUUAAUGCUGUUUACUUAUUGUCUGUUGAGUCCAAGCAUCCUACUCCUCUUGAAAGGUGGCCUUCAGGUUGUUGGGGUUCUGGCGUACAGUGUUAUGAGCCUACAUGGUGGCUCUGAUGAUCCUGUUGUUGUUUUACGGGAUUCAGUUCUGGAGAAAGUGCAGGGUGCUCCAUUUGUGUCCAACAGCUAUUCUCAAAUGACGCAACCUCAAUGAACUGGAGCAUUAUUGUCUGUAAAGAUGAAAUUAGGCCUGUUGUUAGCACAUAGACACAAUGACUGGAUGAAUGCUACUAUCCAGGUAAUAUUAGCUUGUCAAAGGCUUGACAACAGUGGUUGAUGUAUAGCGCAAAAGGGGGUUGAACAUUGAAUUGUGUAUUUUCAAAAAGCAGCUUGCUUGAAAGGUAAAAACUUCUCCGAUUCCACAUAAAAAGUACAAGCUUCUAUUUAAGGUUCGUAUAUCUGAGAGGUAAUGGCUCUCUAGUGAGUGUAACCUCGUCACCACACAUAAACACUUUGUUCUGACGUCUCAAGCGAUAAAAGUUCGAAGGUUAAAGAUUCUUUUAAGCAACAGUGAGAAAUUUGGCAUCAACAAGCUCCACUCCACUGUGUGAAAAUGCAGCUUUAAUUAAAACGCCAGCUCAGUCUGAAGCUUUGACAGUGCAAGAGAGGAUUCUAUUAGCCUUUUAAAUUGGAGAAUGAAACAAUGAAUUAAAGGUUUAAUUGUGUGAAAAAGUGGAAGCCUUGAAACAUCAUGACCAUGUUAACAGCUUCUUAAAUCCAAUAUUAAUGCGUGUUUUGGUGUCACAACUGCUAGAUGGAUAUUUCUUAAAACUGGAGAAUUUUCUGAGCUCCUCGGUGAACAGUGCUCUCACCCUUUCUUUUCACCUUCUACACCUCAGACUUCACCUUCAGCAGCUGUCACCUCCAGAAAUUCUCAGAUGACUCAGCUGUUGUCAGCUGUGUGUCUGUGGGGGAUUACCUGGAGGACAGGUCAGUCAUCAUUGACUUUGUGGACUAGUGUGAGAGUGUAACCACCUCCGCUUGAACACCAGUAAGACAAAGGAAAUGAUGAUUGACUCCCGGAGAAACACUCCUCCUCACUCACCAGCAAACAUCCAAGACCAAAGCCGCCUCCACCUCCUGAGGAGGCUGAGGUCCUUCUGAGUCAAUUCAAAUCUGCUAAAAUCCGUUUAUCACUCUGAGGUUGUCUGUUGGGCUGCAGGCAGCUCUGAUCGAUACAGAAAGAGACUGAACAAGCUAGCUCGGUUCUGUGCUGCCCACUAGAUUCAGUUGAGGAGAUGUGUGAAAGGAGGGUGUUGGGGAAGAUGACCUCCAUCUUGGAAAACCCCUCCCACAUACUGCACUCCACUGUGGAGACCAUGGACGACUCCUUCAGAGGCAGGCUGAGAGAUCCAAGAUGUAGAACAGAACACUACCGUAGGCCAUUUAUCCCUUCUGCAGUAAGAGUGUGUAACUCCUCAGUUGAACUGGUACUGGCAUUAUCCCGGUACACAAUAACAUCAGUGUAUGUUCAGUAUUGUGUAAUACCAGAUAAACAUGAGUAUAUCUGUGUCCCUUGUGCUCCAUAUUUCUGGAAACACAAGUUUUCUUUUUAUUCGUUGUUUUUAGUGGUUGGAAGUUACAAUAAUAUACUGGUUGUGUGUUUACAAUCUUGUUAUUAUUUGUCUUCUUGCUGUAGCAAGUGGAUUUCCCCACUGUGGGAUUAAUAAAGUCUUUUCAAUUCAUAAUGUCCAUAAAAAUGAUUGUUUCUGCGUAUAAAGUUUUGCUUUUUAAAAUCUAAAAUGAAAAUUAGCUAAAUGGUGGAGGUGGGGAUUUUGUUCCUGUUGCUCUUGUGAUUUAGUCGAGAAAUGCCACCACGGACAUCCCAGCUUCCUGUCUCACUAUGCAACUCUUCUGCGGACAAAACAACACCAACGUGUUCCCUCGUCGUCGCCAAGGUACAAAAGAAAAAAGCCCUCUAACUUUGUUUAAACACGACAAAGAUAACAUUCAGACUAUGGAGGUGAUACAUGAGGUGACAAAGUGAUUCAGCACCUUUCAUGGUACUAAAGUGGAUCAACUUUCAGUAACUGAGACAACAAUAGUCGAAGCUGAUUGUUGUUGGUGUUGUAUAACAUCAAAGAAAAGCCGAACCCUUCCCAACUGUUUGUUCUUUUGUGCUGAAGAGAAUUAAAAAUGUAAGCUUACUCCUAAAUACCUCUUCCUAGUUUUAUGUUGUAUGAUUUAUCCUGUUACCUCGUUUAAAAUCAACUUAUAUUGUAUGUUUGGGAUUUAUUUCUUAACCCCCCCCACCCCCACGUGAUGAUUUUAUGUUUUUAUCUUUAAUUAAUCAAAGAUUCUGUGUUUAAUUUCCGAGUUCUUCAAUUUUGCUUUCACAAAGUAAACCAAUUUUUUUCACCUUUUUUGUGUAAGUUGGGUGAGUUUAGGUGGCAAAUUCAAGUAAACUUGCCUUUUGUCAUAGAAACAAACAUCCUGGACCAGGGAUGUCCAAAACGUGGCCCUGGGGACAUUUAUGGCCCUAACAGGGCUUAUGUGCGUCUCGUAUGCUGGUGAAGGUUCUCAGUCAUCCAGGUCAUGGUAAUCCAAAGGGUUCAAAUGAAGGCACCUGGACUUCUUUGGUUUCUUAAUGACGUUUCACUUCUCAUCCAAGGAGCUUUGUCAAUUCUAACUGGAAUAUGGGAGAGUCAAGCUUAUAAGCUGUAGCUGUCUAUUGUGCUGUCUUAUGUGCGUCUCCCAGCAGGCUGUUGAUGUAGAUUGACCAUUUUUAUCAUCCAUUGCUAAUGUGCUCAUUCUAAGAGAAAAAAAAAACAUUUCACCCUAAAAUCUCUUUUGCACUUUUCAGAGGACUGACUUUUAACACGACAAUUUUGGAAUGUCUCUUAGAAAAGUUGGACACUUAUUCUAAAAUGUUUUGUCUAAAGACGGUGGUAUGCUCUUUAUAAAAGUGUUCAGUUAAUAUGAAAACAGCAGAAGUCUUUGUAAAAGGGACAGUUUAUACAAAACUAACUUUUUGCAUAUGUUUGUGUUGUCAUGUGGUACUGCUUCUAUAAACUCUUCAAUCGUGACUAAAAAUAGUUUUCUGUCAGUGUUUGGUUUUCGGAAUUAUGUGCCUAAAAAUGUUUUUAAAAGUCCCUUAUUGUGGCCUCACAACGGGGGAAAUUAGCAUAGAACACCUCUCUCACCUGUCAGCGUUGGAGGAGCAGCCCUCAGCUACUCACCUCAUAUCAUCCAACCAAAGGGUGAGUGGGUGUGGCCAGCAACCACUUGUUUUCUUUAAAGUGACAAAGCCCUGAAACGGCUCAUUCUGGAAGGUGGUGAAAAUGAAAAAAAUUCUUAUCUUUCCCCAAUAAAAUUUGCAUUCACUAUCUUUUUUUCAAUCCAUUUUAUGUAGUCUCUAGUAUGAAUGAAUGCCUUGUGAGAUGUUUCCUUUGGAAUUAAAAGCCCCAACAUGUUCUGCCAUGUUUUGUAGUUGCUUGUAAUAGUGGUUAGCUUCUACUAAGAUGCACUCUGAUCUCUCCUUCCUGUAGGCGGUCCCAAGCUAAGUUUGACGGGGCCAUCGAUGCUAUUUUUCCCCAGUGACAUUAAGGGGACUGGAUUCUUCUGACUCCGUCUGGCUCAGCAUUGCUGCAACUCAGAGCUACACAAGUGUUACAUGGUUUCUAUGAGUCAAACAGCUAUCUCAGACUCAAAGAUUCUUGCAUUAUUGAGGAAACACUGUCUAAAUUUUCCUUUACAUACAUGCAGUUAUCGGCAUACAUCUGUAGUGUCUGGUUUCUUUUUGCUAUAUAGUUUUUAAAGCUCUGCAGUCAACAGGACGCCUCCUCAGUUCUUCAUUUUGAUGUAAAUGUGGGGCAACCCUGUAGCUUUAAGGGGGGUUCAGGGGGGGAAGACCAUGGGGAUCCAUUGUGUGGCCUCCUGUAAAUCUCAAAUGUUCUCUGAACUACAAACAAAAAACUGCUCGAGUGUGAGCAGCAGCCUCAUCGGACACACCUACUUUUAAAGAUUCAACGCCUUUAUUGUCAUUGGGGCAAAGCUCUCACUGAAAUUGGAGUGCUGUUUCACCACCUUGCAAAAAGAAAGACCUUAGACACAACAAAAACCGCAUUCCAGAAUAGUCCCCAUCCUCAGAGAUUUUACAGUGUCAAGACCUGGUGUUUUGUUGGAGCUACUGGUUACUGGUGAUGAAGGGAGUUGCCCUGUUUAGAACUUCCGCCCUCCAGGAGCUCUGAGGCUGGAUGAAGCCAGUGUACACUGUGGCAUGUGGCUGGGAUUAAGAAAUUUCACUGUGGAUUAAAAUCUUUCCAACUCUUCCAUCGCCACCAGCUGAAGGAAAAAGGAGUCCGAAGUUCCAGCACAAUGGAGUCCAUGGAGUCCCUCAGAACUAUUUUCACCAUGUUCCAGCCAACGAGACGCCGGAUCCACAAAAGCCGCCUGGUCACCAAAGACGGACACUGCAACAUCGAGUUUGGCAAUGCAGAAUCUGGGAACCACUUUGCCUUCCUGGGGGACCUCUGGACCACAUUUAUAGAGAUCCGUUGGCGCUUUGUUCUCCUUUUUUUUGUGGUAUUGUCCAUAGGCAGUUGGCUUGUGUUUGGCCUGUUGUGGUACUGGAUUGCAAAGAGCAACGGGGAUCUGAUUGGACAAAACCAUACAGUCGGGCAUGUCCGUUGUUUGGAGAACGUUACUGGCUUCACGUCAGCGUUCCUGUACGCGUUGGAGACCCAAACCACAGUGGGAUAUGGUGUCAGAAUGCUGACUGAUCAUUGUGCCAGCGCAGUGGCUUUGCUUGCCAUCCAGUCUCUGGUUGGAGUCGUCAUCAACUGUUUCGUCUGUGGCAUCAUCCUGGCGAAGAUCUCCUUACCCAAAAACAGGGCAAAGACUGUCAGCUUCAGCAAGAUGGCCACCAUCUGCGUGAAGAAAGAAAGUCUGUGCCUCCUCAUCCGAGUGGCCAACCUGAGAAAAACCUUACUAAUUGGAAGCCAGAUCUACGGCAAGCUGCUGAGGACAACCACCACGCCAGAUGGAGAGACCAUCAUCCUGGACCAAGUGGACGUCAACUUCUCGGUUGACGCUGGCAAGGAUAAUUUGUUCUUUGUUUGCCCUCUGACCCUAUACCAUGUGAUUGACAGAUCAAGUCCAUUCUACGAAUUGUCAGCCGAUACUCUCCCCCAACAGGACUUUGAGUUAGUGGUCUUUUUAGAAGGGACAGCUGAGUCCACCAGCGCCUCCUGCCAGGUACGGACCUCCUACAUCCCCCAGGAGAUCCAGUGGGGUUACAACUUCCUGCCAAUCAUCUCCCGCACAAAAACAGGGAAAUAUCACGUGGACUUCUCAAACUUUUCUAAAACUUUCUCGACCAUCACGCCACACUGCGUCCACUGCUUUGAGACGGAUGCGGACCAGAGAAACCAUAACAACGAGAAUCACGGUACCCAGCAGAAGACGGGCAUCGACAACCUGGGGUUCCAAGUGAUCGAUAUUCCUGACACUGUGGAUGUCCCUAACAUGUGAAGCCAGCUAAUCAGGAUGUGGGAAAUCUGUCACGUUUAGUCUGGCUAAAUAAAAAAGAAAUGUUUGGUAAAAACGCAUCACUGAAAGCUGAAUAAAUGUUCAGAAAUGAGCCAGAAAGUGGAAGAUCUGUGCAUGAUGUUCGGAGGACACUUUGAAGUUCGAUACACUGAACAUAAAAAAGGUGAAAUAGUGAAUAGCACAGUGGGUACUUCUUGAGAAGAUUAGGGUUUGAUCCUGUUAUAAUGAAAUCUUGUGUGCUCUAAAGGAAGGAGGAAAUAUGAGAUAGGUCUUUUGAGUUUUCACUCAUUAUUGCCACAAAAGUACAAACUCUGUGGUGUUUUUGUUAACAGAUUAGCUGUAAAUGCAACAACUUAGUCACGACCAGCCAUUUGGUAGAAAAUACAGAGAAAGUAGGAUUUAAAGUCGAAAUAAAUGUAUUUUUUUCACACA